GGAUUUUUUACUAUAUAAAAUGAAAAAUAAAGUAAUAACAGUUUUAAUUUGUUUGAAAUUUUAUACUAUUUUGACAUAGUAAUUGUGUAAUCAUGACAAAUUGACUGAGGAGGUUUAUUGAAUUGAUUUAAAAUGAGCAAGCCAUCAAAAAACAAACGAGCUUCUAGUUCAAAAAGUUCUCGACAAGAAAGAGAAACAGCUCAAUUCAUUAACACUAGUUUUAGAUCUGAAAAUGAUGGUGAUGCCAGUUUACCCCAUGUUCUAAGGAAUAAACUUCAAGAUCUAUUCUCUCAAAUUGAAAAAGAAUUUGAAGUCCUUUAUAAUGAAAACUUGACAUUACAAGAAAAGGUUGAGUGUCUGAAUGAAAAAUUGGAAAAAGAAUGUUACCUUUCUGAUAAACAUGCUGUUAGUGAAAAGCAAGGUGAUUCUAUUGAUCACCCAGAAGUAUCUUUAAAAGUUAGUUCAAAACAAAAAGGACCUAGUUCAUCACAGAAGUUAAAAACAGCUCAUAAGCUUAAAGCACAGACUAGUAAGAUUGUGUCAAGCUUCAAAACACCUAGUGUAAAUUGUAACUUGAUCAAGGAAUACCUAGGUCACCGAGAUGGUGUAUGGGAUGUAUCCGUGGGCAAACCUGGACAGUUUGUUAUUGGCACUGCUUCUGCAGAUCACACUGCUUGUGUCUGGGGUAUUGAAAGUGGAAAGUGUUUGUUACGUUACACAGGACAUUCAGGAUCAGUCAAUUCAAUCAGGUUUCAUCCUACUAAGGAUUUAGUUCUUACCGCUGCUGGUGACCAGUCUGCUCACAUAUGGCAAUUUGCUUUAAAUCUUCUUGAACCUCAAAAAACGGUAUCAUCAGAUGAUGAAGCUGCUUGUGAAGUUGAAGAAGAUCCUGAAAGAUCACCAAUUCUUCGAACACCGAUCGCUGAAUUGACAGGGCAUGGUGGUGUAUUGGCUGCAGCUGAUUGGCUACCAGGUGGUGAUCAAGUUGUAACGGCCAGUUGGGAUCGAACAGCUGCCUUGUAUGAUGUUGAGACGGGGGAUCUCCUUCAGUCUUUGACAGGCCAUGAUCAAGAAUUGACUCAUACUUGUGCUCAUCAUUCACAAAAACUUGUUGUAACUUCAUCUCAAGAUACAACUUUCCGCCUAUGGGAUUUUAGGGAGCCUAUACAUUCAGUUUCUGUCUUCCAAGGGCAUACUGAUACUGUUACAUCUGCUUUAUUCACAAAAAAAGAAGAUAAAGUUGUUUCUGGUUCUGAUGACAGAACUGUUAAGGUUUGGGAUUUAAGAAAUAUGAGGUCUCCUCUUGCAACCAUUAGGUCUGAUUCUGCUGUGAAUAAAGUCGACAUAUCAUUGACAGGUGUUAUUGCAGUACCUCAUGAUAACAGACAGAUUCGCCUCUAUGAUAUGACUGGCCAAAGGAUUGCUCGACUGAGUCGAAGCAGUAGACAGGGUCAUCAAAGGAUGGUUUGCAGUGUUGCUUGGCUAAAUGAACCUUCUGCUUCCUGCAAUUUGUUUUCUUGUGGCUUCGACAGACUUACUCUGGGAUGGAAUGUUCAGAAUACAAAGGAUAUGUAAUUAUUUCCUUCUGCCUGGAUUUUUGACCAUUUGUUUCAGUUGGAUCGCUGUUUCCAUAAAUUAAAGAAACAUUUUUCGGACAAAUUACAGUCUUCAUGUGACAAGAUGAAUUCAGUUUGGAAUGAAUUUUUUGCCUGCAUAUUCACCUUUCUUUAUUUUUUUUUAUUUUUUUUUUUAUU